UCUUCCCAUUCCUCUUAGUACAAAUAUCAACCACUUCCCUCCCAUGACUCAAACGAGCUGACUUUCAUUGCCCUCCACCCCUUUGUCUUUGUCCACCUCGCACUACUUCAUACAUUUUAGACAGCCACCGAUAUUUUCAUCAUCUCCAUAUUUCAAGUCUCAAUCAACAUGGCUCCCCACAACGACUCAUCACCGGCCGGAAACUUCACCAAUGGCUUCAACGGGAUGGCUCUCCAAUCCUCGGGGUUAUCUAAUCUCACAGCAGAGGACCUGACAGCUGAGCUGGGCAGCUCUUACGACAGCAGCACCCUGGACGCACCCGUUUCUCACGUCAAGCGACCCCUUGUCCCCGGCGUCUAUGUCCCGACGAUGUGCUUUUUUGACAAGGAAACAGAAGACGUUGACACUGUUACUAUUGCCCAUCAUGCCGUUCGUUUAGCUCGCGCCGGAGUUACAGGCCUAGCCACUCAGGGUUCCAACGGAGAAGCCGUCCACCUCACCCACACCGAACGACAAGUCGUCACGGCAACCACCAGAAAAGCACUUAACGAAGCCGGUUUCUCUCAAAUGCCUAUCAUAGUUGGCUGUGGCGCCCAAAGCACCAGAGAGGCAGUCCUACUCUGCCGUCAAGCAUGGCAAGCUGGAGGAGAUUACGCACUUGUCCUCCCACCAUCCUACUACGCGCCUCUGUUCGCUCCUUCGUCCCAGACCAUCCUCGAGUUCUUCAAUGCAGUUGCCGAUGCUUCGCCCAUUCCAAUCAUCAUCUACAACUACCCCGGGGCCGUCAACGGCAUGGACAUGUCGUCAGAUGUCAUCGUGCAGCUUGCCCAGCACCCGAAUAUCGUUGGUGUGAAGCUGACUUGCGGCAACACCGGCAAGCUGAACCGUGUAGUCGCGGGUACUCGCAAGUUGUCAAAGGAGUACGAUCCUAAGAAUCCCGACUUCUUGGUUCUCGCUGGCUCUGCCGACUUUUCUAUCCAGGCCCUGGCCGCAGGUGGACAUGGAAUCCUCGCAGGUCUUGCCAACAUUGCCCCCAAGGCAUGCAUCAAGACCAUCGAGCUUUGGAAUCAAGGAAAGCACACCGAGGCCCAGGAGAUGCAGGAAGUCGUUUCGCAAGGCGAUUGGACUGCCAUCCAGGGCGGCGUUAUCGGAGUCAAGGCUGGUUUAGAAGAGUGGGCAGGCUACGGUGGCUACUGCAGAAGCCCUCUCCCAAGACCGACUCCCGAACAGUCCAAGAACUGGAAAAACGGGUUCAAAGACUUGAUCAUGCUUGAGAAGUCUCUCUAAGCUUUGUGGUCCACAUGAUGGAACAUUUCCGGCCGUUCAUGCGAAAAUCAUGGCAAAUCUCUCCGAUGUCCCGGUCAUCAUCGAGCAUUGGUGGCGACAGCAUGGCUGAACCAAUCAGACAUUAUUUCAGUUCGAUCUUCCAUCAAGCAAGCGAGGGCUUGUUAUUCAGUACUAGCCUUGUCUUUGUUUCCGUUCAUGAGUUUCGUGUCUCUAGGCGUUGUUGGAGGGGGUAUAUAGGCCACUGCGGGUAGCAGAAAGAUGGGAAAACUCACAAUAGAGAAUCCCUCGGCGUUGGGUCAGGUGCACAGGUUAUGGGUCAAUCGGGUCCAGGGGCAAAUUUGCAGAACGGUUGUUAGAAACCGCACUGCUACAUGAGGAAUACCUCUUUUCGACACUCUUCCCUUUCAUUUCACGAUGUUUUACGGUGACACUUCACAUGGUUGCGGAUACCCCAAGGGUUCCAUUUUCCCCAUUUCAUCCACUCUUGUGUUUAAGUCAAAAGCAUUGCUUUGUUUAUCAAUAAGUUGUUGCAUAAGAGUCUCCGAUCGUUCACCCCAAUUAGCACAUGUUCACUGAUACGAUGGUUGAGCAAAUAGAACUUCGUUCACUGACUGCAUUGGAGCGAGAAACACCUAGAACUUGCAAAAGACAAAGUUGUGCAUG